GUAACUCAACGACCAAAUAAAGUAAGAAACCAGCCAGCCAGCGCGCGCAGAGGCAUAUGGGUCGUCCAGCUCGCCACCACCCCCGCGGCCUCGCCGCCGGCGCGGCGCUCCUCGCGGCGGCGGUCCUCCUCCUCUUCUCCGCCGCCGCGCCGGGCGCCAGGGCGCAGCAGGAGACCGAGGACGAGCACGAGUUCAGCUACGACCCCCGCGACGAGCACGGGCCGGCGCACUGGGGCCGGAUCAAGGCGGAGUGGGCCAACUGCAGCGCCGGCGGGAUGCAGUCCCCCAUCGACCUCGCCCACGAGCGCGUCACGCUGGUGCGCGCCCUCGGCUACCUCGACCACUCCUACCGCCCCGCGCAGGCCUCCAUCGUCAACCGCGGCCACGACAUCAUGGUGAGGUUCAAGGGCGACGCCGGGAGCGUGGUGAUCAACGGCACGGCGUACUACCUCAGGCAGCUGCACUGGCACGCGCCGACCGAGCACACCGUCGACGGCCGGCAGUACGACAUGGAGCUGCACCUGGUGCACCAGAGCGCCGAGGGCAAGGCUGCGGUGAUCGGCGUCCUCUACGAGGUCGGCGCCCACGACGCGUUCCUGCACGCGCUGGAGCCCGCCAUCCACCGGAUCGCCGACCGCCGGGACAGGGAGGAGCCCGUCGGCGUCGUGGACCCGCGCGGCGCGCGCGGCAGGGCCAGCGUCUACUACCGCUACAUGGGGUCCCUCACCACGCCGCCCUGCACCGAGGGGGUCAUCUGGACCAUCGUCAAGAGGGUUCGCACCGUGUCCAAGUACCAGCUGGAGCUUCUCAGGGAAGCCGUGCACGACGACAUGGAGAAGAACGCGAGGCCGCUGCAGGAGGUGAACGACAGGGACAUCAGCAUCUUCCGGCCAAAGCCCCAUAGGCAUUACUAGGUUUCCAUAUUCCAGCAGCUUUGCUGUCAGUGAUGCAUGAGCUGACGUGGAGACACCGGUAGUUCAGAGGUCAGAGAUUGAGAAUAAUAUGAUUAUAUGCAUACGGGUGACAUUCAGCUUGUUGGAUACUUGGAUGCAUGGUUGAGUCUGGAGGAGAUGUAUACGGUAGAUUAUUCAGAUUUCUUUUGUAAUUCUUUGUACCUUUGUUACAUGACUAAAUAAAAAGCACCAUUUCAUGUCCA